CCGGGCCGUGCGCGGGGGCCGGCGCCGAUGGCGGCAGGCGCAGGGGGCGGCUGAGGGAGCCGCCGGUGCCCGUCGCGUCCAUCGAGCGCCAGCGCCUCGCCCGCCGCGUCCCUUCGCCCGCCGCUAUGGAGGCGCUGAUCCCCGUCAUCAACAAGCUGCAGGACGUGUUCAACACGGUGGGGGCCGACAUCAUCCAGCUGCCGCAGAUCGUGGUGGUGGGCACGCAGAGCAGUGGAAAAAGUUCUGUGUUGGAAAGUCUUGUGGGGAGGGAUCUGCUCCCACGAGGUACUGGAGUUGUCACCCGGAGACCCCUUAUUCUGCAGCUGGUGCACGUUUCCCCAGAGGAUGGUCGGAAAGGAGCAGGAGAUGAAAAUGACCCUGCUACAUGGAAAAAUUCAAGACACCUUGCUAAAGAGGUAGAUGCUGCUGAAUGGGGUAAAUUUCUUCAUACCAAAAAUAAGAUCUAUACAGAUUUUGAUGAAAUUCGUCAGGAAAUAGAAAAUGAAACAGAGAGGAUUUCAGGAAACAAUAAGGGCAUCAGUCCUGAACCGAUUCAUCUUAAGAUUUUUUCAUCUAAUGUUGUAAAUCUGACUCUUGUGGACUUGCCUGGAAUGACAAAGGUGCCUGUUGGUGAUCAGCCUAAAGACAUUGAACUUCAAAUAAGAGAGCUCAUCCUUCAGUUCAUCAGCAACCCCAAUUCCAUUAUCCUGGCAGUCACGGCUGCCAACACAGACAUGGCCACUUCUGAAGCCCUGAAAAUAGCUCGGGAGGUGGAUCCAGAUGGUCGAAGAACCCUUGCUGUUAUCACAAAGCUGGAUCUCAUGGAUGCUGGCACUGAUGCUAUGGAUGUGCUCAUGGGAAGAGUGAUUCCAGUCAAACUUGGCAUCAUUGGAGUAGUGAAUAGGAGUCAGUUGGAUAUUAACAAUAAGAAGAGUGUGGCUGAUUCCAUUCGUGAUGAGUAUGGGUUUCUCCAAAAGAAGUAUCCUUCCCUUGCCAAUAGAAAUGGAACCAAGUAUCUAGCUAGAACACUGAACAGAUUGCUGAUGCAUCAUAUCAGAGAUUGCUUGCCAGAACUGAAAACCAGAAUUAAUGUUUUAGCUGCCCAGUACCAGUCUCUACUGAACAGCUAUGGGGAACCUGUUGAAGACAAAAGUGCUACUUUAUUGCAGCUGAUCACCAAAUUUGCCACAGAAUAUUGUAACACUAUUGAAGGAACAGCAAAAUACAUAGAGACUUCGGAGCUAUGUGGUGGAGCCAGAAUCUGUUAUAUUUUUCAUGAGACUUUUGGAAGAACUUUAGAAUCUGUUGACCCUCUGGGUGGCCUUAACACAAUUGACAUUCUGACUGCCAUUAGAAAUGCCACUGGUCCCCGUCCUGCCUUGUUUGUUCCUGAAGUUUCCUUUGAGUUGCUGGUAAAAAGGCAAAUCAAACGUUUGGAAGAACCGAGCUUGCGCUGUGUGGAGCUGGUUCAUGAGGAAAUGCAGAGGAUUAUCCAGCAUUGUAGCAAUUACAGUACACAGGAAUUACUGAGGUUUCCUAAAUUGCACGAUGCCAUAGUUGAAGUAGUAACUUGUCUUUUGCGUAGGAGACUUCCUGUCACAAAUGAAAUGGUUCAUAAUCUGGUGGCCAUUGAGUUAGCUUAUAUCAAUACCAAACAUCCAGACUUCGCUGAUGCCUGUGGGUUAAUGAAUAACAACAUAGAGGAGCAAAGGCGGAACAGGUUAACCCGGGAAUUGCCUUCUUCCGUGCCACGAGACAAGUCUACUAAAGCUCCAGGUGCAUUGGCACCUGCUUCCCAGGAGACUGUUACUGCUGCUUCUGCUGAGGCUGAUGGCAAGAAUCCUUCUGUAGGAGCUGAUGCACCUCAGGAGUCUGGAACAGGCAACUGGAGAGGAAUGCUGAAACCCUCCAAAGCAGAAGAGGUGUCAGCAGAGGAAAAAUCCAAGCCAGCUGCAGCCCUACCUGCUAGUCCUCAAAAAGGACAUGCUGUAAACCUAUUAGAUGUGCCUGUACCUGUUGCACGCAAACUUUCUGCCCGUGAACAACGAGAUUGUGAAGUGAUUGAACGACUUAUUAAAUCUUACUUCCUUAUUGUCAGGAAGAACAUUCAGGACAGUGUGCCAAAGGCAGUGAUGCAUUUUCUGGUGAACCACGUGAAGGACACUCUCCAGAGUGAGCUGGUGGGCCAGCUGUACAAAUCCCUGUUGUUGGAUGACCUUCUCACAGAGUCUGAGGACAUGGCACAGCGCAGGAAAGAGGCAGCUGACAUGCUAAAGGCCCUGCAGCGAGCCAGCCAGAUCAUUGCAGAGAUCCGUGAGACACAUCUUUGGUGAAGACUGUAUCAGCCACACUAUUUAUAUGCAUUGGAGGUUACAUUGGCUUGACAAUUGCUAGGCAUGGUAUACGGAGUAGAAUUUUUAUUUAUGAACUCUUCUUAUCUGUGUACUGCAACUGUGUAAAUCUGCUCAUGUAAAGACAGUUGGUUUGAUUUGCAAACAGAAAAACAUGCUGUAUUUUGCAAAAGAAGUCAUAUUUAAUCCAUAUAAUAAAUGGCUCUAAAUGUUUCCUUACCAGGUUUCUGGUGCAAAUUAAAGCAGACCAAGUCUUCUGUCUCAGUGACAGUCUCAUUUGAACUUGGGGAAAAACGUUCAAGUUCCAGUGCCUGACUUGCUGAACAGGUUGCCUGUGGUUAAGACAGCCAGUGUAGUCUUGUGGCAUAGUUUUAAGCUGCUUUUCCAGUAGAAGUUUCAAUACUGUGAAGAAAAGAGAGCACCGAGUAUUUUCUUUCAUGAAUAUAUUGCAUGCACUGUGACAGAUGGAGGUCUCCAUUUUAUAGCACAGUAGAGAUGUCGAGCGUAUUACUAUGUAUGUGUGUUCCCUUUUUUUUUUUUUCCCCCAUUGUUCCCAAAUGUUUCAAUGGCAGACAAAACUUCAGACUUGAUUUCAUGGAGUAUCAUGUAGGAAGAAUUAGCCUGGAGCUUGUGAACAAGAACAGCCUACUAAAAAGUGGCUGCAGAGUUAUUAACGUGCACUGGAGCUUGUGUAUGAAUGUUGGAGUUUAUAAUCAGGCACAAGGACAUCUUCCCCUUCCUCCCCCCUGGGACCAAGCCCCUGGACCAUCUGAUAGUAAAUUUGCUCUGGCAGAACUGAAAAAUAAACUGGAUUUCAAAACUGU